GAUGCUUAGCGUUCAGAAGUUUUCCAAUGCGCGCUCCGACAGAAAGAGGUGGCCAGCACGCGAGUCCAAUCCACAACCGGGCCAAUAGUCACAUUUUGUAAAUACGGUGGCAGAACGUGGACUCUCGGGUGGACUGCCUUCCCAGAUUCAGAGGAGGCGCAUUUUAAGCGGACUUGUGGAUUGCUUCAGACUUCUUGACGUCUGUUCUUCGCCAGCACCGUUUGGAGAGAAGUCAUGCAGGCGCGCUAUUCCGUCUCCAGUCCCAACUCGCUGGGAGUCGUGCCGUACAUCAGCAGCGACCAAAGUUAUUACCGGGCCGCCGCCGGAGGGGGGUACACCGGGAUGCCAGCCCCCAUGAGCAUGUACUCGCACGCGGCCCAUGACCAGUACCCUGCCAGCAUGGCGAGGGCGUACGGACCGUACACGCCGCAGCCGCAGCCCAAGGAUAUGGUAAAACCGCCGUACAGUUACAUUGCGCUCAUCACCAUGGCCAUCCAGAACUCCCCGGACAAGAAGGUGACCCUAAACGGUAUUUAUCAGUUUAUAAUGGAGCGCUUUCCCUUUUACCGGGACAACAAGCAGGGCUGGCAGAACAGUAUCAGACACAAUCUGUCCCUGAACGAGUGUUUUGUCAAAGUGCCCCGCGAUGACAAAAAACCUGGCAAAGGCAGCUAUUGGACUCUCGACCCGGACUCGUAUAAUAUGUUUGAGAACGGCAGCUUUUUGAGGCGACGACGGCGUUUCAAAAAGAAGGACGCCUUAAAGGAUAAGGAAGAGCGAAACGUCAAGGAAGCGCCUUCCCGCCAGCAACAGAAUCAGCCGCCGCCGCAGCAGCAGACGGGCCGCGACCAGGAGCAGUCGGUACCGGGCUCGCAGCCCGUGCGCAUUCAGGACAUUAAGACCGAGAACGGCACGUCCACGCCGCCGCAGGCUGUUUCGCCCACGCUAAGAACUGUUCCCAAGAUUGAGAGCCCCGACAGCAGCAGCAGCAUGUCGAGCGGCAGCCCGCACAGCAUCCCGUCCACCCGCUCUCUCAGCCUGGACAGCGCCGGGGAACAACAGCAGCAGCAGCAGCAGCAGCAGCAGCAUCACCACCACGGCCAGGCCCCCGCGCAGGGCUUCAGCGUGGAUAACAUCAUGACCUCCCUGCGCGGCUCGCCUCAGAGCUCCGGCGAGCUCACCCCGUCUCUCGUGGCCUCUUCACGGACAGGUAUAACUCCCACGUUGUCCCUGAACUAUUCGCCCAAUCAGACGUCCGUGUAUAGCUCGCCCUGCAGUCAGAACUCUAUCUCGACUACCUCCAACGCCACCACCUAUCACUGCAACAUGCAGGCCAUGAGCUUGUACGCGGGCGGAGACCGCUCGGGCCACUUGGCGGCCACUACCACCGUGGACGAAACUCUGCCCGAUUACUCGAUCACCACCACCACGUCGUCCUUAAGCCAUGGGAAUCUCAGCUCGGCCCAGGAGGGCCACCAUCCGCACCAAGGGCGCCUCGCCUCAUGGUACCUAAACCAGGCCGGAGACAUUGGCCAUCUAGGCGCCACGUACCCGGCGCAGCAGCAGAACUUCCAUUCGGUUCGAGAGAUGUUUGAAUCGCAGAGAAUCGGUCUGAAUAAUUCGCCGGUGAACGGGAAUAACAGCUGUCAAAUGUCCUUUCCCCCGAGUCAACCCAUCUACCGCACGUCGGGGGCUUUCGUGUAUGACUGCAGCAAGUUUUGACCAAACAAGUGUUUUUCGUUCUCCCUCUUCUUCGUUUUGUUGUUGUUGAUUUUCCCUUUUCUCGAUACCGAGAGACGUUGACAUUUACCGACUCUACCCCCGUGAUGGACUGAAAAGAAACCGAACAAACGCGAGAGUCAGACACACUUGAUCUUGGUUUGUUAAGGACAGUGUUACUUCGAAUAACACGUAAGUCUUCUUCGUUUUUGUGAGCUAUAUGCUGGGCUGUGUUGACAUGCGUCAGACGUUUAUGGACUUGUUAUUACGUGUAAAUUGCAUAUAGUAAUUUAUUUCUAAAGUGUAGCCGGAUAUAAUGGACCAAACACCAAAAAGUGUUUCUAAAUUGAACUGCAUUCAUUGUCCAAAUGUUCCACUAUAACAAGGAACGGAACAUGUAUAACGCCAUAUUCUUUCAAAUUAUCUCCUUUUGUUGAAAAAGUAUUCUGAAGGAACUGCAUUGUUUGUUUAAUAAAUUGCCAUGCUAUUUGAGUUAAAAUUAGGCUACGCCUGAUUUCUUAACCCCCCUGUCAGGAACAGAGCUGUGUGCUAGUAUGGAGCAAUAAUGCAUUUAGAGCACAGUAGCUUGAAGAAAGUGCAAGUUACCUACAUAAAUGAUCCAAAUAAGCGUGUCGAAAUUAUUCGCACACUUGAACGUUUCUUGAUCCAAACGCCUGCCUAAUCCUAAAAUGCACCAAGAAACGAAUAAAUAUGCUCUGAUCAUGCACGCUGGUUCAUGUGAAAAUAAUCACAGGCCCUGUAAGCAAAUAAAUAAUUCAGCAUUUUAUGCAACCGUGCAAUACUAAAUAUGCAUUCAUCUGUUUUAGAUUUUUUGCUUUUUUUAUUUUCAUUUUUUUAGUAAAUGUUAUUCAUUAAAUGCUAUUUAUGUAUAGAUUUUAGUCAUUUUAUCAUUAUUCAUUACAUAACUUUGUUUAGCAAAAUGUAACAACAUUUUAUAAAUAAAUGCAUUGAACAUAAAAUAUGAAAAUAUCACGUGCUUUAAUUAAAUUUAAAUUCUCAAGAAUCUAAAGCCCGCAAUUAAGUAAGGCGGAAUUCAGGCGUAUACUCUUAUUAUUCUCACCACAAUUAGUAUUAUUGUUAUUAUCUGUAUGGUAACUGUAAAAGUCUAAACUAAAAAUGUGUUUAAUGUGGUACCAUCUAAUUCAUCUGGUUUUAAGUCAAAAUAUUAUUUAAUGUGUCUCAAUCAAAUUCCUGACUAGGUUACACCACCAAAAUCAUUUAGAAGAUUUAGACCAGACAAAGCUCUUUAAAUAACAACUGCAUAUUUUUUGUUUUUACAGAGCAGUAGCAGUGGUAGUAAUAAAAUAAAAUAUUGCCCAGCAAUUUAUAUUUUAAUUGCAGUGAGGUAACAACGUGUUUUGUCAUAAUUUGCUCUUACGCAACUCCAUAUGCAAACUUGGACUGUCUGUCAUCAGCGUGACCUGAGGCGUUUGGGAACAAUGUUUCGGUCAUUGUAAUUCACUGCUUGUGUUCAGUGUCCACGUGUUUACUUGCGCAUAGCUUGGUUAAUAUCAUACCAGACAUGCCAAAGAUACUCAAAUCACCACUAGAGGAUUCAGCAGGACUUCUAGAAGGCGAGGCAUUUGGGCUUCAUAAAUAUAAUACUUAAGAGGCGCGUCUUCAGAAAAGGCCUAUACUGAAAACCAGCUGUGUGCACUUAAAAAAAAAAAAAAAAAAAAAGAUGCGGAUUAUAUUAAGUUAAAUCUUCUGACUUUUAUUUGAACAGACACCAGUCAGGUUAAAGAAACAUGCCACUAAAAUGCUCAUAUGUUUAAUAGCAGUUUUUUUAUUUCACAUUUAUUCAAAAGUGCUAUUUGGGAAUACGCGAGUGGCAUCUUCUUUUAUUUUUCUUCAUUUUACUGAGAUGUGAUGCCACGAACAUUUAGCGGCUUUCAAAUGAUCAAAAUUUCCUGAACAAUUAAGCAAAAUAUGAAGUAUAUACAAAAGUGUAUUUACUGUAAAAGUGAUGACCUGUAAUUGUUACCUUGAAGAUCGACUGAAGCCAUAAAAUAGAGUUUGACUGGUAUAAAUGAAUGUAUUUAGGUUGAAUAAUAUUUUUAAAUACUAUUUUUGACUUGAAAGAAACCUGUUAACUAGAUGUUACUAUUCUUUUUAGUGUAUGAAAGCUCGCUGAUACUUAAACAAGUGCGUAUAUUUAUUAUUAUUAUUAUUAUUAUUUACAGACAAUAUUAUAUUUUUUAUGUAUUUAUUUUAGUCUGGGGCCCAGUUAUAGGCCCAAAGACCUUGAGGGCAAAUGCACACGUGUUCUCAUUGCCUCACAUAUUUUCAUUGCUUGAGCGGUUGGUAGUGAUUACAGCGGUUAAUUAAUCGGCCAAUUAACUAGCGUGCGUCAACAAAACGUCUCGGUUUUGCCUCGUUCACUCAGGAUGGUAUGUGGUAAAUGUGCCCAUAUUCCGUAUGUUUAAAUGUUACUUUAAAAUAGUAGUCACACUAAUUAAUAAGAACGUUCAUAUGCAUACUAAGUAUACAUAUAAACACAUAUUCAUGAUGAACAAUUUUGGAUAAUUUUUUGGUGACGGCAAUAAUAAUGUGCUUAUAAUAAUAAUAAUAAUAAUAAUAAUAAUAAUAAUAAUAAUAAUAAUAAUAAUAAUAACAACAACAACAACAAAAAUAAUAAUAGGUUUCAGUAUCAGUACGCGUUCAUAUAUGAAACGACACAUAAAUUUAGUUAGAGCUUACAGAUAAUUUGUGCCGCGCAUGUGCGUCUGGUCACAAUGAAUUUUGGCCUUCUACAGCGCAUUCUCUCCCCACAAAAAAGUUGUAAUCAUGCUCAUAAAAGUCAUUAGAGCCUUUCCCGAGUAAUAAACAAACGUCGUGUUAAGCCCAAGAUUGAUGGCGCCCUCACAGAACGGGCCAGGUCAGGAAGGAAUAAAAUUCAAUCAGUGCGCAGGAAUCAUUUUUCAUGAGACGGAAAAGGCAGAAGGGGACGGGGGUCAACAGGGAGGAUGUCGGCCGCCGGAGCACCAUCAACAAUGCCGCAGGAGAACAGCUAAAUGAACGUGCUGCGUUCUCCAAAUCAGCCUCUUAAAUCUAUAUGAUUUCGAGCUCCCUCACGAGCAGUCUUAUCGGACUUGAACAGAGCGGACUGAGUUAUAGGACAGUCCAGGUGAAGAGAAGUGUAUGUUGCUGCUUGCAGGCCUUCAUUUGAAAUUCCACAUGCAGGCUUUCAUUCGAGCUCUUGGACUGAGAGAGACUCUGAUUCCUGCGCCAGGCUGGAGGUUGGAGUGUUUUAGGCGUUGCAAUCUCUCGGUUUUGAAACGAAACAUAGCUGUUUUACACAAAAAAUAAUAGUCUACAUGUAACGUAGAAAAGGCCUAUCUUGCUUUGACGUCGUCUUCUAAUUUUAAUGUUCAAAUAGCUGAAAUGCUAUUCGUUAUUCGUUCAAAUUUUACCAUUAAACAGAUUAAAUGUCACUACAUUUUAACAAAGCAUAGCCGAGCCAUAUUUUAAGCAACAUGAAAGCAGCUGUUGAAGCGUAAACCAAACAAAAAAAUCCAAAAGAAUAUUUGCAACAAUUUCUGUAAAACUUUCUCUUUAAUACAUUUUCCGUUAAAAAAAAAAAAAAAAAAAAAAAAAAAAAAAAAGUUUAUCAAUAAAAUGCCACACAAUCCUGAUGAUCUUCUUAAACAUUAUUUUAUAGACAUUGGAUGUGUUUCAAGCACUUGUUUUUCUUUAUAAUUUUGUUGCUCAAACGUUAUGCAUGCUUUCCUCCUGUCCAUCUAUUUAGGUUGGCCGGCCAUUUUGAUAUUAGCCUAUAUAUCAAUGUAUAUAUUCUUUUUAAAUAGGCUACAAUAUAUGUUUAGUUCUCCAAAUGGUUCCGCUGCAUCCCUGUACGCGUAUACAUACAGCUUCCCUAACUGAUUUGUAUUAGACAUCAAAAAGUGAUUAUCUGCAACAUUUCUUUGAUGUCAAAACAUUCCAAUUUCAAUUUCCGUUUAAUGUUGGGAGAAAAAAAAAAAAUAAAUAUCGACGAGCAAGAACAUUUUACAAACAUUUCACUUGACAGAACAGGCAAAAGCAAUUGAUUUUGCUGAUAUGAAGCGUAACUCGAUGCAUUGGAGAUUAUAUAAUCUGUCCAAAUGCCACAACAGCCUUAUACUGAGGUUUACUGAAAACACCAAACAAAUGCAAAUGAAAACAUACAGUUUACGCAAUGGAUAGCUUAUUAUGUAAAUAACAUGACAACAUCUCAAAUUAUGGAUUAAGUAUAUCCAGAGAUAUAAUACGUUUUUAAAUUAAAUUAUUAAAAUAAUUACAACCUUAAAAUGCUAGUUGAUUUAAUUUAAUAAUCAUGCACAAUGUAGCGCAAGUAUCUUUUUUUUUU